AUGGGGCUGCACGGCGAAGCGCCCCUCACCAACACCACCACCGACCACAGCACCACCUCGUUGGCGCGCGACGAUGCUGCUGCCAACCAAGAACCAGCGCCAGAGGCGUCAUCGCCGCCACCGCAGAUCAAGGAGGACUGGCGGGCUUGGAUGCAAGUCCUCGGUGCCUUUUGUCUCAAUCUCAAUACAUGGGGCAUGAUGAACUCCUACGGCGCCUUUCAGACGUACUACCAGCUCGAGCUGCUCCGCAGCCACUCCUCCUCCGAAAUCGCCUGGAUCGGCUCCACGCAGGCCUUUCUCCUCUUUGUCGUGUCCGUGGCCGCGGGCGCCCUGUUUGACGCCGGCUUCACCCCGUGGCUGCUCUGGGGCGGCGGCGUCCUCGUCGUCGCCGGCAUGCUGCUCGUCAGCGCAACCUCGCUCUACUGGCAGGUCCUCGUCACGCAGGCCGUCAUGAUGGGCUUGGGCUUUGGCCUCUUGUACCUGGUCGCGCCCGCGGUCGUGUCCCAGUACUUUGGCCCCCGGACGGCCCUAGCCAUGGGCGCGUCGUCUUCCGGCAGCGCAAUCGGCGGCGUCAUAUUUCCCAUUGCCUUUGCUCGCCUCGUUCCCAAGGUCGGCUUCGGAUGGACCUGUCGCAUCCUGGGCUUCAUUCUCCUCGUUACCUCCGUCAUCCCCGCGCUGCUCAUGCGCUCCAAGCAGCCGCCACGCCGCGACCGCAAGCUCAUCGACGCCGCCGCCUUUCGCGACGUCCCCUACCUGCUCCUCAACGCCGGCCUCACAUUCGGCUUCAUGGGGCUCUACAUCAUCUUCAACUAUAUUGAGCUCUUUGCCCUCGACCGCACCAACGUGUCUCACAGCCUAGCCAACUACCUGCUCGUCAUUCUCAACGUGAGCUCGCUGCCAGGACGCAUCAUCCCCGGCUACUAUGCGGACAAGAUUGGCUCCAUCAACGUCCAGACUACCGUUGCUUUCUUCUCCGCCAUCCUGACAUUUUGCCUGUACGCGAUCCACUCCACCGCCGGCCUCGUCGUGUUUUGCAUCAUCUAUGGCUUCUUUUCGGGGGCCUUUAUGGGUCUACCCGCCGCGGGCAUUGUAAGCCUGUCCGACGACAAGAGCAAGAUUGGCAUUCGUAUAGGCAUGACCCUCGGCACGGUGGGCUUUGGUGUGCUCGUCAGCAAUCCGAUUGCUGGAGCCAUUGUUGGCCACGAUAAGAACUGGAUCGGGCUCAUUUCGUGGUGCGGCGCGCUUCUUUUCGCGUCGAGUAUUUGCUUGGUAGCGAGCCGCGUGUCCAAGGUUGGCUGGGGGCCAACAAAGGUUAUUUGA